GAGCAUGUAAAGGGCAACCAGUUGCGCAGUCAUGUUUGAUUUCGGCAUGUUUUUAUCACCGUCCAUUUUUAAUCCAGUAGGAAAUUCGUCAUCGAUUGACUCGUCGUCGGUUAAUUCUACGAAUGCCUAGUGCUGUAUCUUUUUUCUUUAAUGCGACGAUAAAAAAAAGAACCCUAGUCCAGCCCCUCCCUUCAUCAGUGUUUUGUGUUGCCCAACUGUCGACGCGCCGGCCGGUUUUUGGGAUAUUUUCGUGAGAUUAGUCGGCAAGGAAACGAUAACGACGAAUAAUCAGGACGAAUUACUCCUUUUCAAGUGUUUCACGGUUCACCUCCCUAAUUUUGAGUGAAAGCAUUUGGCUGGUUAAUUUUCUUCUUUUCAGGGUGAAUUGAAUAGCUUCGUUUUUCAGAUGAGGCACAGCCUUGUGAUCAGACGUUAUCAGCGUAAUGAGGGAGUGUUUUUUUUUUCUCCUUUCCGCGACUCGAAAAUUCCCAACACUCGAAUGACACACACACACACACUCACCCAGCAGAUACACACGCACAGUUAAAAAGAUAAGGGAAAUCACUCGAAGCUCGUCGGCUUUCACGUGCCCAACUGUAGUUCUCUCGAGUACAGUCAACUGAUCGGAAGCUCAACAGACUUAUCCUUUUCUAGAGAGAAAGAGAGAGAGAGUCUUUAGUGAAUCUCCGGUUGCAGUCCGAAUCUGAUUCUCUAGUAAAAUAUCAUGUUGCGAAGUGGACAAAGGAGGUACGGUGGGCCGCCAGAAGGCUGGACAGGGCCACCGCCCUCUAAAGGCGGAGAAGUAUUUGUUGGGAAAAUUCCCCGCGAUCUAAUGGAGAACGAGCUCCUGCCCGUCUUUCAAACCGUCGGCCCAGUCUACGAAAUCCGUCUAAUGAUGGACACGAAUGAGACGAACCGUGGAUUCGCUUUUGUGACAUUUGCAACGCCAGCGGACGCAGGCAAAGCCAUCCAGAAAUUGAAUCGCUACGAAAUCCGACCCGGUCGAUUCAUUGGUGUCAUCAGGUCCAUGGACAACUGUCGCCUAUUCAUCGGUGGAAUACCCAAAGACAAAUCCGAAGAGGAGAUACACAAAGAAAUGUCACGCAUUACAGAGGGUGUCGUCCGCGUUAUUCUCUACAGUUCAGUAGCCGACAAGAAGAAGAACAGGGGAUUUGCUUUCAUCGAAUACGAAUCGCAUCGAGCUGCCGCUUUGGCUCGUAGGAAAUGCCUGCCGGAUCGGUUGCUGCUGUGGGGGAAGAACGUGGCCGUUGACUGGGCAGAGCCCGAACCCGUAGUCGAAGAAGAAAUCCUGUCCAAGGUGCGUGUGCUCUACGUCCGCAAUCUGUUGAUAACGACGAAAGAGAAGGAAUUGGAAGAGCUGUUUGAUACGGCCGGCAAUGGCGGCGUUGAAAAAGUGAAAAUCUUAAAUGAUUUCGCAUUCAUUCACUUUGGCAGCCGUUCACAGGCCCAGCAAGCCAUGGAUGCUCUUCAAGAUCGCGAGCUGAAUGGGAUCAAAAUGCAAAUUACAUGGGCGAAACCAGUCGGGGAUAAGCCCAAACGUAGCAACGCACGAAACAAAUUGGUAGCUUCCUCCACUAUGAUGUUUACUUCGGGGAUGACUCGUCAAACACGAUACCCAGCGACAACAUUUCAACAAAUGUGGCCACACUUCACUUUCUCUCAUCCUGGCGUUAUUCAACCUCAAAACGGUCUACCGCUCCAGGCUUAUCCGUCCUAUCCGCUCUAUCCCCAACAGAACACCUUGUAUAACUACAUGAUGCCGGGUCGCAGACACAACCAAUUACCAAUUAAUUUAUAUUGCAACGAUUAUCCACCUCAAACAACUUCGAAUUUCAUCGGUCAGCAGAGGAAUGAAAAUACCGUUUGCGCUGCUACCUCACACAUGAACCUGUACAUGCCCUGGACGAAUGGAGGUUACACUGAUAACGUAAAGAUACUCGAUUCUUUGUGUCAAUUGUACGAUCUCGGUGAGCCAAUAAUCGAACUCCGCAAAGGCGUAGACGAACGUUAUUUGGCCAAGAUAACUAUUCCGAAAAUGGGCCUCCCUUACAACAUGUUCACUUCUGCGGAUACCUACGAAACGGAAAAAGAGGCACAACAGGCGAUAACUGGGUGCGCAGUCGCGUAUGUGAAUCAAACGAUGGUUGAUAACGGUGAAACUCCACUGUCUGUUCAGGUUGAAAAUCUUUCUAUUUAAAUUCCCCCCCCCCCCCCCCCUGGAAAUUGUCCUUUUCCGCCAGUCUAGUUGACGCGGAAAAUACUGAUAAUUUGCAGUGUAAUCUAGAAUUUACACUACGAGCUUUCUUUCUUGCUAUGACGUCAUUUUCUUGGGUUACUUAAACAACUUUAAACAAUCAUUGCUAUCGUAAUCCUCCGGAACUUGUUCGAGUAGAUUUCUUCUCUACUUUUUGUUUUUGUUUUAAAUGGCUUAUUAUUGAGACUUGCCAAACCGUUCCCAGUUUACAGCGUACUUUCGUUUUGUUAUUGGAAGAAACUUUCUUCGUUUUUUUUUUCCUUAUUACAUUUUACUUUUCAAGUU